AUGUCUGGCGAUCGUGAAAGCAAGACCUUCCUCGCCCGCCUUUGCGAGCAGGCCGAGCGCUACGAUGAGAUGGUUGGCUACAUGAAGGAGGUCGCCAAGCUGGGCGGUGAGCUGAGCGUCGAUGAGCGCAACCUCCUCAGCGUUGCCUACAAGAACGUCGUCGGUACCCGCCGUGCCUCCUGGCGCAUCAUCUCCUCCAUUGAGCAGAAGGAGGAGAGCAAGGGCACCGACAAGCACGUCGGCACCAUCCGCGAGUACCGCACCAAGAUCGAGCUCGAGCUCGAGCAGGUCUGCCAGGAUGUCCUCGAUGUCCUCGACGACAGCCUUAUCCCCAACGCCCAGACCGGCGAGUCCAAGGUCUUUUACCACAAGAUGAAGGGUGACUACCACCGCUACCUCGCUGAGUUCGCCUCCGGCGAGAAGCGCAAGGGUGCUGCCACUGCUGCCCACGACGCCUACAAGAGCGCUACCGAUGUCGCUCAGACCGAGCUGACCCCCACUCACCCCAUCCGCCUUGGCCUGGCCCUCAACUUCUCCGUCUUCUACUACGAGAUCCUGAACUCGCCCGACCGUGCUUGCCACCUCGCCAAGCAGGCCUUCGACGAUGCUAUCGCCGAGCUCGACUCUCUCUCCGAGGAGUCUUACCGCGACAGCACCCUCAUCAUGCAGCUCCUGCGUGACAACCUCACUCUCUGGACCUCUUCCGACAGCGGCGACGCUGAGGGUGCUGCUGCCGGCACCACCGAGGCUGCUGAGGAGAAGAAGGAGGAGCCCAAGGCCGAGGAGCCCAAGGCCACCGAGGAGACCCCCGCUGCCUCCUAA